GAUAUGUUCAAAACCAAAUAUCACCCAAACAGUGGACACACCCCAGCCAUUGAGACCUUCUCCACCUUUGGACACUCUGUUGAGGCAGAGGCUAGUUCCAUACCCAUUGUCAAUGAUACACUGUGGCAGCCUUUCAUGUGCUGUGCAGAUUUCGAGUUCACAGAACUUGCACACCAAGCAGCACUCAAUAAGGACCAGACCAACAAGAUGCUGCAGUUGAUAUGGCAGAUUGUUGAGGGACAAGCAAAGUUUACAUUCAGAUCUCACACUGAAGUGUUAAAAGCCUGGGAUCAAGCAGCCACUCAGAUGACACCUUUCAAGAAGCAUAUCAUCUCUGUCCCUUACAAGAAAGAGGAAUUUGAAUUUGAUGUACAUACAUGGCCACUGUGGGAUUGGGCUAUGGACUUGUUGCAAGAUCCAUUGUUGGUACUGCACUUUGUUUGGGAU